CAGAGUCAUUUAUUAGUCCUCCUUCUAUCGAUGCGAAGCGGAGUGGAUAUCGCAGUGCUUCUCUUAUCUAGUUUUUGAACGAUCAUGGCAUCGUUCAAGGUAAUUGUUGUGGGAGGGGGACUGGCUGGUGCCCUGUUGGCAAACGGACUGCAGAACAACGAUGUGGACGUGAGAGUGUAUGAACGAGAUAAGAGAGAUGUGGAAAGAGAAGGGUAUCAGAUUCGGUUGGGUGAGUCUGCUAUGCUUGGGUUCCGCGCAUGUCUCAAAGAUCAGGAUAUUGCCGCUAUUUCGAAGAGUUUCGGUCAGUCCUCCGUCUCUGGCUCGACAGCACCAACGAUCAUGAAUUCUCGCUGCGAAGAGAUCCUCGAUUUAACAGCUAUACCUUCUUAUGCCAAAUCGUUUGCCAUCAGUCGAGUUGUACUUCAUGAUAUUCUCACUGAGCCACUUAAGCAGAAUGGGCUCGUGACGUACGGCAACGCUUUCUCUCGCUACGAAAUCAUCCACAAGGCGGACGGAAGUGAGAGAGUACGCGCCUAUUUCUCGGAUUCCUCCUUUGAUGACUGCGAUAUUCUGAUUGGUGCCGAUGGGAGUCGUUCUCAAGUGAACAGAGAAGUCGGACUGCAAAACCUUGUCUCGAUCAACACUCACUGGGCGUUUCUUGCGAAAGGAAGCCUUACACUGGAACAGGUGUACGAGCUUCCUAGUCAGUUGCAUCGGGGACCCAUCAUCGUUUUUUCAAAGGGUGCCACGUUAUACUAUUCUUUGUAUCUUCCAUCUCUGCAAGCCGAAGAUACGGAUCGUUCAGCCCGUGAUGAAAGAAAAGCGUUCUUCUUCUGGGUUUUGAGCAUUCCGAGGAGCCACUCUCACUACAAAAGUGUGUCUGAGAUCCCCGACAAAUUCGAAUUUUGCUUGGAUUUCAUUCAGGACUGGGACCCGAGAUUUGGACAAUUACUAUUGACAGCGGCAAAGGACGAUGGUACCGCGGAUAUAUUUGUAUCACCAUUACGAGCUAGCACCAAACCCUCACCACGCUGGCGUAGCAUGCUGAAGAAUUCUGUAGAGCCAUUUCGAGGGCACCCCAGAGUUUGGCUGAUGGGGGAUGCCAUCCAUGCUAUGCAGGCCAAUCGCGGCCAAGGAGCAAACCAGGCUCUGCACGACUGUGCCGAAAUCCUCCCCGAACUAUUAUCAUUGCAUGAAGAAGCAAAGACCGGCGUACCGCCUUCGACGGAUCAGGUUCGUGAGGCUUGUACUCGUUAUGAAGAUCAGAUGGCUGAGCGCGCUUUCACUUGGGUAAAGAAAAGCGGAGGCGCCUCGAUAGCCACUCUCGACAUGGAUGGCUUUGUGGGUAAAUUCGUGUACUAUGUCGGUAGGAUUGUGAUACCGAUUUGGUCCUUUUUAUACAACAUUUUUCUUUACCCUCGGUCCGAAACGUCAUGAUAAUUGGAUGGCCAAUGGAGAUGACGGUGGGACGGACACUGGGCGUAUAUACCUAUCGUGUCAUUCGUUCUAGGCUAAGGCAGAUUAGGAAUGGGUAUUGAUUCCUCGAGUCGAGAACGCGGUACUAUGAGCUCGGACAUUGCCGCUGCGAUACCCCUGAUGUAACUAAUUGGCAGGAACGAAAUAGUGUAUCCAGGUCUUUAUGCUCGAAGCUUUACCGAGAUGACGAUAACGCGCACAUGGGCAUAUUACUGGUGUUUUGUUCGAAUGGAACUAUAACGCAGCGAAAUGAGACUCCUACUAUAUGGGAUAGAC